AUGUACGAUGCCGAAGGCGAGGAAGAGGGUGGUUUGGAAAACCACUUUAUAUUCAACAUCGAUAAGGACUUGCUAAUUGAUCCCCGUCGUGUUCUUGUUCGUAGAUUGAUCGCCGAAGGUCCUUAUUCUCUCGUCUAUGCAGGAGAGUAUGAAUCCAAACCUGUUGCUGUAAAGGUAAUACAACCAAUGAAAACGUCAGAUGUAAUUUUGGAACACAAGGUGAAAUUUCAGAGGGAGGUUAUGUUGCAAUCUAGGAUGAACCAUGGAAACAUUGUGAAGUUAAUUGGUGCUUGUGUGGAACCAGCAAUGUUCUUACUUACUGAACUUAUGGGAGGUGAUACACUGCAGAAGCAUUUGUUGAGCAUCCGCCCAAAGCAUUUGGAUCUGAAACUUUCUAUAAGUUUUGCACUGGAUAUUUCUCGAGCUAUGGAGUACUUGCAUGAAAAUUGCAUCAUUCAUCGAGACUUGAAGCCUAACAAUUUACUUCUCACAGAAGACAAGAAACGAAUUAAGGUGGCUGACUUUGGGCUAGCUAGAGAGGAGACAACAAACGAAAUGACUUGUGAAGCUGGCACUUAUAAGUGGAUGGCUCCUGAGUUAUUCAGCAAAGCAGCACUUCAAAUUGGAAAGAAGAAAAAUUAUGACCACAAGGUUGAUGUGUAUAGCUUCUCCAUUAUUCUUUGGGAGUUGCUCACAAACAAAGCUCCAUUCAAGGGAAGGGAUAACUUAAUUGUGGCAUAUGCUGCUGCAGCCAAUAAUGAAAGGCCUAGCUUGGAGAAUAUUCCGGAGGAAUUAGCCACUCUCUUGCGGUCCUGUUGGUCAGAGAACCCAGCUCUCCGACCAGAAUUCAUGGAAAUCACAAAGUAUCUGAAAGAAUAUCUGUAUAGCCUUUGGCCUGCAGAUAUGACACCUCCCAAAGUAAUGGAGAUUGAAGAUGCCCAAAACAAGACGGGAGAAGAUUUCAAGGGCAGUGGCCAUGUGACAAAGAAGUCUGCUGAGAGGGCCAAGAAGCAGAAGAGUUCUUCUCCUAGUUUCCUUGUAUGUUUUGACAACUGCUUAUCUGAAUAACCUUGUAGUAGGGCAAAGGCAUAGUAUUAUAAAGAUUUAGAAAUC